CUUAUGAGUGUUUGUUGAGUCAGUAAUCCCUUUAAAUUUGGUGCAACCCAUGGAUCCAUUGAACAACUGUUUGCUCUUUGACUGAGUCUUUGACUGAAUUGAAAUGCGAUGACUGGAGUGAGACAUCCCAUUGAAUGGUUGGGUCAGUCAUUGGCGUUGAUAUGGUGUGUGUCACCGGUGUUUGGCUACUACUGUGACCACAACUUCUGUCAAAUCAGUUCCCAAUACUGUUGUGGAGACAACUUGUGCUGCGAUUACGUCAACCAAACCGUCUUCAACUCCAUUGUCGUCGUCAUCUCCAUUAUCAUCAUAUCAUCCAUCCUUUGGGCACUCUUUCGUCUCUUCCUCUACAAUAAGACGUUUGUUGUCAUUAAGACAUUUGGCCAGAAGUUGACCGCAAAGUCCAACACUCGACCCAUCGGUCAAACGUGGUUUGAAGACCCGGAAUCGAGUCUAUUAAGCGAUCACUUGGAUGUGAGCCAUGGAUGAGAUGUGAUUAAACGGUUACACAACCGCUCUUAAACCUGUUUGAGAUCAUACAUUACAUGACAGCCAACCAUCAAAACAUGAUUUGGUCUCAUCCCUGGUCUCAUCCCUGUUCACAUCCCUGGCCUCAUCCCUGUUCAC